UUUUAGACUGGGAUCGAAACUGGAAUGGAAACGAAGCUGUCCUCCAAUCCCUCCUUAUCUUCAACAACAAGAUGGCACCACCAACCGAAGAAAACUCGGAGCAGGAUGAAACUGAUGAUUUAACUGAAGAACAACAUUCUAAAUUAGUGCAAUUUCAAGAAGUAACUGGAACAGAUUGCUUAGAAGAAAGCAAACAGAAGCUUAUUCAAUACAACUGGAACCUUGAGCUUGCUGUCCAUGCUUCUUUCAACGAAUCAGAGGGAAUCCCACCUCCUCCACAAUAUGAUGAAAUAGAAAAUGAAGAAGACACUGUUAAUGUAAUCCCCUCAUUUAACGAGCCUUUAGAUGGACCAGUUGUGAGAACAGGAAUAUCGUCCUUAGCAAAUAACAGAAGAAUGAGUUGGACAGAGUGGCUUGUUGGUUUGGUUCUGGUCCCAUAUCGAUUUACAUACAAUACUAUUAGAGAUUUUAUCACUUAUAUUAUUCGAAUCGUUUGGCCGUCUUUUGGAAGAGGAAGUGGAGACCCAAUUGAAGAUGUUUUACAAUUCAAAAGACAGUUUGAAGAUAACUAUGGAUUGGAGCACCCAACUCUUUACCAAGGAACCUACAGUCAGGCCUUGAGCGACGCAAAAAAGGAAUUGCGGUUUUUACUGGUUUAUUUACAUUCAGGGUCACAUCAGGACACCCCGACAUUCUGCAAGGAUGUUCUAUGUAACCCUGGCUUUAAAGAAUACAUCAAUGGAAAUAUGCUUUUUUGGGGUUGUGAUGUCAACACAUGCGAGGGGCACAGAGUUUCAAAGGCUGUUAGAGAAACAACGUAUCCAUUUUUGGCAGUUAUUUGUUUAAGGGACAACAGAAUGACAAUUGUAUGGAGAAUAGAAGGUUUCAUGCCCGUGGAUCAACUGAUCGCAUUAUUAUCAAGAAUCAUCGCUGAAAAUGAACCUUCGUUGAUAGCUGCCAGAGCAGAAAGAGAGGAGCGAAGUCUUUCGCAAACUAUCCGAGAAGAACAGGAUAGGGCAUAUAAAGUUGCCUUGGAACAAGAUCGUGAAAAGGCAAGGAAGAAGAAGGCCUUAGAAGAUGCAAAACGCCAAGAAGAAAACGAACGUCGGGAUAAAGAAAUGGAAAAACAGCGGCAAGUAGAGGUCACCGUCAAAAGAAAAGCGGAUUGUCGCCAGAGGCUUGAAGAAAUUCCGGAACCGGACAAUACAGUUUCCGAUGCUAUACAGAUCCGGAUUAAGUUACCAAAUGGCGUUGUAUUAUGUCGCAGAUUCCUGACAUCGGAUCAAUUUGAGCUCCUGGUUGACUUCGUUUUCGGACAUGAAGACACUCCUAAGGAGUUUGCUUUAAACUCGAAUUUCCCAAGAAAAACUUUCCAGACAGACUCGAACACGAAUCAAACACUUGCAGAAGUUGGUUUAAGUUCUUCAGCGGUAUUGUUUGUUCAAAAUUUAACUGAAGAUAGUUCAGAUGAGGAUUAAAUCUAGGUAAUAAGGAAUAACUGUUAUUAGAAUAUUUUUAAUUUAUACCCCUUUGCUUUGCAACUGUCCGAGGUAUAGAUAACAUUGUUGUUCAUGCAAGACCUAAUAAUUUAUCAAAAUAGUUUUACAGUAAUUGCUUAUUAUUUUAACCCUAGUUAAGCCAUAAGCGUUACUAUAUUUUGCUCCAAUCAGAUAUUUAUUCAUAGUAUUUUGAUCUGCUUGGAAAAUCAUAGCAUUUUGUCAUUUAUAAGAAGUAUAAUGAUCAAAGACUGGACUCAGUGACGUCAUUUCCCUGUUGUUGCAGGCGUAUACUGUGUGUAUCUAGGUAGAGUUCUCAUUGCCCUGUUUCUUAUCUAACUGCAAAGAAGGGAUAGUGAAAACCAGUGGGAUUCUCUUAAAAACCGUCGAAGACCUUCUGCACGCUUAAAUACUCUACCUUGCAUUUUCUCCUCGACACACUCUUUACUCUUUCACACCGAUGCAUCAUAGGCCUUUUGAUUUGAAUUGCCUCCUUUCUCUAUGAUUUCAUUCUUGAUUAUUUUUCAUUGGCCUAGCCAAGUAGGAUGAGGAAAAAGAUAAUGUGUCUCACCCAAUGGUCAACUUAGAAGACUAUGCAUUUCCUCUGGAUCCAAUGUAAAAAGUUUGUAACAGGGGAGUCCUGAGAUCUUCCAUGUAUAAAGUGCGUAGCUCCAGGCCUUCUGACGUAGUCAAGCCUUUCAUUGCCAAGCCACCUCUAUGGGACUGUCCCUGUGAUGGUUCUGCCUUCAUGUUGUGCUAAUCACCAUCAUUUGUUUUGGUAGCCACUUCACGUUGCUCCUUUAAUUAUCUUUUAAGCUCUAUAAAUCCAUACUGAAUACUGAAGAUUUACUUCUUUGAAAAACAUAAACAUAACAUAGAUAAUAAAGAACACAGACCGUAAUCAGGCGCAAGGAGUUCUCUUGUUGCUUUCCUUUAUCUUUGUUAGAACCUUGACCGGUUAAAGAUUCAUCAAGAAUUUGAGUGACCAGUACUUUGGUUAUUUACGGCUUGGUUUCUCAUAGACGGUUUCUUAUUGUAGAAGAAUGAAAUAGUGGGAAGAGGAUAAAGAGGCUACUUGGGUGGAUGCUAUUCCCCAUCAGACUGCUUUCUCUAUUGUCAAAGUGGUUUUGAUAUGAAGAGAUUGUAAAUAAACCGUUUUACCCAUUCUUCACAUGUCUGACGUAAAGGGGAAAUAUUCUUCAUGAAAUUUUGUGAAGUGAUAUUU